AUGGCCAGGGACACAGCGGAGGAGACAGUGAGUCGCAGCGCUAUCGGUGAGCCGCCGCAAUUUACGCUGGCCGCACAAAGAUCGACUGCCUCCUCUUCAUCACCAAUGGUGAGGGAUAUGGCUAGGGACACGGAGGAGAUGACGACGAGUGGCAGCGACACCAUUCGAUCAUCAGCGGCGAGCAGCUCGAAGAUCAUACCCCCGCGCGUGCGCGCACUCGUCCUCAGCUCUCUUCCAGUCGCUGCUGUUCGAGGCCUCCGGGAGAACCGUGAACCCCGUGAGCGGCGCCGUGGGGCUCCUCUGUGCCAGAAACUGGCGCGUCUGCCAGGCGGCGGAAAGCUGAAGCCGAUACCGGAUCUCGUCGGCAGCCCAUCGCCGGACGUGGACGACGCCUCCGACUGCACGGGGCUAUUCCGGCCUCGGGAUUCCACCUCGCCGCAUCACAAGCAGCGCCACACAGUAGACCCGCCAGCCGGGGCUACCGUUCUCGAUCUCAGCCUGACACCUGGAUUUUCAAGAAAGAAGAACAGGGGCCCUGAUUCAGACGACGACGCACGGCGGCUCUUGAGCCCCUCGAUGAAUUUCGAGGAGUCUCUAACGACGACGUGCGGUGAUCUGCCAGCUGGGGAGAUCAACCCAUCACCGGACGUGGACGACGCCUCCGACUGCACGGGGCUAUUCCGGCCUCGAGAUUCCACCUCGCCGCAUCACAAACAGCGCCGCACAGCAGACCCGCCAGCCGGGGCUACCGUUCUCGAUCUCAGCCUGACACCUGGAUUUUCAAGAAAUAAGAACAAGGGCCCUGAUUCGGACGACGACGCACGGCGGCUCUUGAGCCCCUCGAUGAAUUCCGAGGAGUCUCUAACGACGACGUGCGGUGAUCUGCCAGCUGGGGAGAUCAAGCUGUUGAACCUGUUUGGUUGA